AUGCCUUUCCUUUUGUUCCUUGUUCAAUUUGUCAGCAAGUGUUCUCUCUUCCUUACCACUUCUCAGAAUAUUUUUUUACUUUGCUUCCUCUUUUGCUCAUAUUUAUUUCCAUAUUUUUCGCGUUCUUUUUUAUGCCUGCUUUCUUUAUUCAUUCUCUUUCUCUCUCUCCCCCUCUCUCUGUCAUAUCCUUUCCUUCUAUUUUCAAUCUUUUCUUUCUAUCUUUCCUUCUUUUCUUCAACCUUUGAAAUACUUUUUUUCACCACCACUUCACAUUUUUUUAUUAGUCAUCAACCUGUUUUUGGCUUUUUCUUUCAUUCUCAUCAACGCUCGUCUUUCUUUGUUUCGCCUUUCUUUCUUUCAUUCUUUCUUUCUUUCUUUCUUUCUUUCUUUCUCUUCAUUUGUAUUAAUGCAUUCAUGACUUUCUUUCUUUCUUUUGUUCCUUGUCGCCAACAAUUCUUCCCCAUUAUUUCUUUAUCAACCAUUUUCUUACGUUCUUUUUCUUUUGCUUUCUUUCUUUCUUUCUUUAAUUCUUUCUUUCUUUCUUUCUUUGUUCAUUUGUAA